GGUCCCAGCCCAGCCGAGGAGGCUGCGGGAGAGCCGGCAGGGCACGGGGAGAGCACACCGGCCCCGACACCGGCCCCAGCAGCCGCCGCCGGCCAUGGGCGGUGGGUCUGUGAAGACAGGGAAGAUGCCAGAAGGAGAGAAAACAAGGCAAUGUAAGCAAGAGGAGCAGCAGCAGAAAGAAGAGAAGCGGGAGGGUCUCAUCGAGUUCUACGGUUCCUACCAGGAGCUAUUCCAGUUCUUCUGCAGCAACACAACCAUCCAUGGGGCUAUCCGCCUGGUGUGCUCCAAAAAGAAUAAGAUGAAGACAGCCUUCUGGUCUGUUCUCUUCUUUCUCACCUUUGGCUUAAUGUACUGGCAGUUUGGGAUCCUCUACAGGGAGUACUUCAGCUACCCUGUCAACCUCAACCUCAACCUUAACUCCGACAGGCUGACUUUCCCAGCCGUGACGCUGUGCACCCUCAAUCCCUACAGAUACAGCGCAAUCCGGAAGAAGCUGGAUGAGCUGGACCAGAUCACCCACCAGACACUGCUAGACCUUUAUGACUACAACAUGUCUCUGGCACAAAGCAACUGGUCCACGCCAUCCACACGGAAGCGUAGCUCAAGGAGCCUGCUCCAUCAUGUCCAGCGCCAUCCGCUGCGAAGGCAGAAGAGGGAUAACGUAGUCAACUUGCCAGAGAAUAGUCCCUCAGUGGACAAGAACGACUGGAAAAUUGGCUUUAUUCUGUGCAGUGAAAACAACAAGGACUGUUUCCAUCAGGCGUACUCCUCAGGGGUGGAUGCCGUGCGGGAAUGGUACAGCUUUCACUAUAUCAAUAUCCUAGCACAGAUGCCUGAUGCGAAAGCCCUGGAUGAGUCUGACUUUGAGAAUUUCAUCUACUCUUGCCGCUUCAAUGAAGCAACGUGUGACAAGGCGAAUUAUACCCACUUCCAUCAUCCCUUUUAUGGGAACUGCUAUACCUUUAACGACAACAACAGCAGCCUGUGGACAUCCUCGAUGCCUGGGAUCAAUAAUGGUCUCUCUCUGGUGGUGCGCACUGAACAGAAUGAUUUCAUCCCUCUCUUGUCCACGGUGACAGGAGCCAGGGUCAUGGUCCAUGAUCAGAAUGAGCCAGCCUUCAUGGAUGAUGGGGGUUUCAAUGUGCGCCCUGGUAUCGAGACCUCUAUCAGCAUGAAAAAGGAGAUGACUGUGCGUCUUGGGGGCAGUUACAGUGAUUGCACAGAGGAUGGCAGUGACGUGCCAGUGCAAAAUCUGUACUCAUCCCGCUACACCGAACAGGUCUGCAUUCGCUCCUGUUUUCAGCUCAACAUGGUAGAACGCUGUGGCUGUGCAUAUUACUUCUAUCCCUUACCCACUGGAGCAGAGUACUGUGAUUACACAAAACACAUAGCCUGGGGCUACUGCUAUUACAAACUCCUGGCUGAAUUCAAAGCUGACGUGCUGCGCUGUUUCCACAAAUGUAGAAAACCUUGCAAAAUGACAGAAUACCAGCUCUCAGCUGGAUACUCCCGCUGGCCUUCUGCAGUCUCAGAGGACUGGGUUUUUUACGUGCUUUCACAGCAGAACAAAUACAAUAUCACACCCAAGAGGAACGGAGUUGCCAAAGUGAAUAUCUUUUUUGAGGAGUGGAACUACAAGACCAACGGGGAGUCUCCAGCCUUCACGGUAGUGACUCUGCUGUCCCAGUUUGGGAACCAGUGGAGUCUCUGGUUUGGAUCUUCUGUCCUGUCUGUGAUGGAGCUUGUGGAGCUGAUCCUGGAUUUCACCGCCAUCACCUCAAUCUUGGCUGUACGCUGGUUCCGUUCCCGGCAGCAGCUCUCUCCAUCAGGACCCCCUCCAAACAGUCACGAUAACACUGCUUUCCAAGAUGAGGCACCAGCUCUCAGUGCUUCACACCGCUUCACUGUUGAGGCUGUAGUGACCACGCUGCCAUCCUACAACAGCCUGGAACCACGCGGGCCAAGCAGGGAUGGCGAGGUGGGACAUGAGUGAUGCAGUGGCUUAUUCUACAGUUCAGAUGGGUGGCAGUUGGAGCAGAGGCUGCACACUUUGUCUGUGGACCUGCAUUUCCUUCUUUCUGGGGUUCUCUACUUGGACCAUAGCAGAAGACUGUGGUUGGCCUGGGUUCAUUGCUUUCACUGCUUGUAGGUGAAUUCUUCAGUCUCAUAAAAUACUAUUGCUCUGGGAAUCACCAUAGAUGAAAGCUGAUCUAGUGUAUGUAUAGGGGAGAUGUCCACUUAGUUUCCUUACACUCCUUGCAUCUGCACACCUAUACAUGCAUGCAUGCUUUCUUUUCCCUGCAACAAGGAUGCUGCCCCAGUUCUGGUCUGUCAUUCAUUAAAGAGGUUUGGUAGGCAUGACUGGCCUCUGCUGUGGUAUGACAAGGGACAGGAAUGUAGUCUCAACAGGCUGAGCUUCGUUAAGCUUUCCCUAAGGUUGGAAACUGCUUGCUCUUUCCUAAUUCUUAAUGUCCAGCUCCGAUCCCAAGACCAAGCCACUCACCCUCUUCUACCCCUGAGGAGAGGCUACUUGUAUAGCCCUAAGAGAUGACAGCCACUGACAUAACCUCAAUCUAUAUUUCACGCAAUACUCUGGGGAGGUGGUUGAUGCUUGCUGGCGCCCUUGGGUCAUGACAAAACACCCUGGUAGAAUAAGGUCUCCUUUUUCAAACUGGGUAUGUGGCUCUGGUAGAUCUUGGGUGUAUAACAGACUCCUUCCUUGUGAUACACCACACAUGUGUAUGUCCAGGUAUUUAAUUAUUUGCCAAAAAGUCUGGGAUAAAUUGAUCUCUACGUUUGCUUGGCUCUCCCUGCUUUGAAGGGGGAAAACAAAAGUGUGUUUGGCAGGACUAUGCACACCCUCAAAAACAGUAUCUCUCCUGCCAUGAGGUCCUGCAAAAGAGGAUCACACAGGUCACGCAGUGCCUGCCCUGCUCCACUCAUCCCUUCCCUGGUUCACCCACAGAGGCUUUGCUGAGGAGUGUGAAGCACAGGAGAAGUGCUGUACACUUUCAUCUAAAAUCCUUCCUGGGCAAGCUUUAGCCUAUUGGAACAGACCAUACAGGCAAUCAAGGCCAGGACAAAGAUAGUCCUCUUCUCAGGAACUAAUUGGGGGAUCUUCACAUAAGAGCACACAUCUCUUGCAGCGAGCUUGCCAUAGUAUUUGUUACAAAUACUCAGACUUCUGCUGCAAUGGUGUUUACACAGCACUUUGUGGGGUAUCAAGAGAGCAAGGGUGAUGUCCUUAACAAACAGGAUUAUCCACUUGACCAGACUCAAACACAAAUACCAGAAUUUAAGUGUAUAGUUCAGGCAAAGACCUGUGGUACCAUGGACCCAAUCACAUUGCAAACAGCCUCUUUUUCUUUUGUUAUGAUUAACUGGGUUUUAAAAUCAAAACUUCAGGUAUUUUAAAAAUUAAGAUAGAUACGCUGCCCUUGGGAAGAUGGAGGAUUUUACUGCAGUAUAUAAGCUGUUGCCUAAUUUUUCCCUUUGAGAUGCUAAACACACACUUGUACUGCUUUUGCUUGAUUACUUAAAUGCACUUCUCACUUCCCAGCAGAGAGUGAUUUUCUUCCUCCUCACACUAUGUUCUUUAUUACACAAAUAUUUAUGGGUUUUCAAACUUUAUCCCAGUGCUCAGCUGAUGACCCUUGUUUGAAAUUGAAUAUGAUGUCUCUGCUGGGAAUAGAACCAAGUGAUUCAGGGGGUGUCAUUCAGCAAGGAGGGCAGCCCAAGCAGGAGGGAAAGCCCUGCAACCAUGGGCACUUAGAGGUAUGGGAACAUGUAUUCCCACAGUAGGCCACCACUGGAAACAAUCAGGACUUGUACAUACUUGAAAAAAAUCCACUUUCUGUGUUUAUGGGUGAUUUUAAAUGACGUAGAAGAGAGUGAGUAAUGAAAGAAUGAAAUCUCAAACUUGCCUUCAUGAAGGGACUUUCAUGUUCUGUAAAAACGCUGCUCAAGAAGGAGAGUUAAAAGCUGUGUAUCAUAAAUGUACAAUGAUUCACAUGA